AUGUUGCGUGAAGUUAAAGCAAAGAACCCGCGCACCGCGCGAAUUCUCAAGGCGCGCGAGCCCCAACUCAUCGAAGGCCCGAAGAAGACUCUCCUGCUGCACGGCACAAAAUGCCCCCAGGCACUCAACACUGUCCUGAAGACAUUCAACUCACUCACUAAGCCCCACUCGGUGCUGUUCCACAAGAAGAAUGCAAACGUCCACCCAUUCGAGAACACAGAAAGCCUGGAGUUCAUGGCGAACAAGAACGAGUGCGGUCUGGCAGUCUACGGAAGCAGCAACAAGAAGCGCCCUAACUGUCUUACAAUGGCCCGAAUUUUCAACUCACAACUAUUGGAUAUGUGCGAGUUGAUCCUGCUGCCGCCUUCCGAUGCCGACUCCAUUCCUCCUAUCAACGAACUGGUUAUGCACGUUGGUCAGGGUCUGCGCCCGAUGAUGUUGUUCGCUGGAAGCCCGUGGGAAGACCCAACAUCCGCUUCGCACGUUAUGCUGAAGAGCUUUUUCCUGGAUAUGUUCAAGGGCGAGGAAACCGACCGUAUCGACGUUGAGGGUCUGCAGUACGUUCUGAUGGUUGCCGCAGAGGAGGCCCGUGAGGGUCUGUCACCUAUUGUCCACCUGCGCUGGUACAAGGUUAUUACCAAGCGCAGUGGUCACAAGCUUCCUCGUGUCGAGUUGGAGGAGAUUGGUCCUAAGUUCGACUUCAAGAUUGGCCGUAUGCGUCCUGCAGCGCCAGAUGCCAUCAAGCAGGCUAUGAAGCAGGGCAAGCGGCCGAAUGAGGAGGGCAGAACCAAGAAGAACAUUACCAUGGAUUCUAUUGGUGAUAAGGUUGGUCGCGUUCACUUGGCCAAGCAGGACCUGGGCAACCUCCAGACUCGCAAGAUGAAGGGUCUGAAGCGUCGGGCCGGCAUGGAGUCGGAUGAGGAUGAGGAUGACGACGAGGAUAUGAUGGAUAUGGAUGAUGAGAGCUCGGAGGAUGAGAGCCACAAGCGGGCUCGUAAGGAGUAG